AUGUACCAGCGAUCCUCGUCGGAGGAUGAGGAAAGGCCCAAAAAGAAGCCGAGGGCAAGUAAACCCAAAGUGAAAUCUGGAUGUAUAACUUGCAAGGCUCGGCGAGUGAAGUGUGAUGAAACAAAACCCGCUUGUCUUCGCUGCCAGAAGUUUGGACGGACAUGCGAUGGCUAUGCUCCUGAGCCCUACCAACCCCAAGGUGUGCAGCAGAUUCGACCAUGGAUACCUCAGGAUCAUGAGGGACCAAGUUUAAACAUCCAUACUUCUGAAGACGAGUCUCGUUAUUUUGAAUUUUUCAGCGAGCGAACGGCGCACGAGCUGUCUGGCUUCUUCGAUUCGGGCUUCUGGUCCCGACUGGUCUUACAGGAAAGCCAGAAUGUAGCAGCGAUACGGCAUGCUGUCAUUGCAUUGGGAGCACUUAACAAAAGCUUGGAGUCAGCUCCAGGUCCCGAUUUGAAAGUCAACGAUAUUCAGAGCAUUGACAAGAGGCACCAUGAAAACGCCGUCUUACAACACCUCAAAGCCAUCCAAGCUCUCAACUACUAUAUCUCCUCAUCAGAUUCUCCGCAGUUGAGGAAUGCCCUCAUUGCGUGUCUCCUUUUUGUUUGUUUCGAGACCUUCCAAGGUUCCUAUGCAUCCAGCGUACAGCAAACCUAUGGCGGGCUGAAAAUACUUCGAAGUUACUAUGUUGGAAAACCUGGCUCUCGACCUUGGAUACCUCAAAAAUCUACCACUGCAGCUCCCAAGCCAGCGCAUAAGUCAGUCAAAGUAUCGAGAGAACUUCAAGCCCGCCUGGGAUGCGAUAAUGUCUCAAAAGAGAUAGCCAUUGCUAUGCACCUGGAAGAGUAUCUGGAGAGCGACCACACAGUGCAUUUAGAUACAGCCGAGGACCCAGGCUCUGAGAUACGAGAGUCACCUGUUUACCGAAAAGAAUCUCCUGUUCGCGAUCCACAAGUGGAACAUGUUAACAUCCCGAGACAUCAAAUGGGUGGAACCGACUUCACCACCAAAGAGCAACAGCGGAGUGCCAACACAUACGCGUCCCACACGCAAACGAAAACGUUUUUACAAGACAAUCCGUUUAGCACAGAAGUUACAACACCAUCAACCUCCGAUGCCGCGCGAAAAGCCUCAACUGUAACAUUAUCAAGUUCCACAGUCUCUACACCAACAACAUACACACCGCCUUCUACGGGACCCCACACCCCUUCACCGUCGAAUCCAACCUUUACACGCCCUUCAACCUCGUCGAGCCGUAAAAGAUCUCUCGCCUCUCGCAGCGCAAGUCCAGUACCUAUCCUUCAAAACGAUCUCACCAUCGAGGAGAUUCUCAUUCAGAGUUUUGUUCGACUAGACGGGCAAGGCCUCUUCUUCGGAAUGAUCCCCGGAAUUCCACCACUAUAUUGGGACAUCCACAAAAUCUGGCACCUCAAUAUCCCACCCUACUUCGCAGACUUCCACUCCGCUCAACGCUGCUGGGACUUCCUCAUGGACCGAGUCCUCCAAUUCUACCGCCGCACAACCUUCAACCGCACCUACGCCCCCACGUCCGCCGAUCCACCUGCAUCCAUUAGCAAACAACACACCAUGUACCGCAGCCACCUCGACGCCUUCGAAAGUGCCUUCCAACCCCUUCUCGGCAGCGCCAUCCUUUCCGACGGAACCAUCACCAACGCCGCCGCCCUCGUCCUCUCCCUGUAUCAAAAACUCGUCUCCAUAAUCCUCGCUACCGUGCCCGAGAACUCCGAAAUGAUCUACGACGACUUCCUCCCGGAUUUCAGAUACAUAACACGCACCUGCGCUCGGAUCAUAGCGUGUCAAGACCGCACCCAAUUACCCCGCAAUACCCGCUUUAGCUUCGAUAUUGGGAUUAUCCCGCCGCUGCAUGUGACGGCAACGAAGUGUCGGGAUCCAGUGGUGAGGCGGGAGGCCAUCGAUCUUAUGUUUAAUAGUCCGAGGCAGGAGGGCAUGUGGGAUGGGGUGCUGAGUGCGAGGAUUGGGAGGUGGAUUGUCAGUUGUGAGGAAGAAGGACUUACGCUGCCUACGCUGCCGCUGGAGAGGGGCCAGUGGUGUGGUGCUAAUCAGCAUAGCUAUCUGAGUCCGCAGCAUAUCAUUGACGAAACUGGUGGUGGAGGAUGGGGAAAUGGGAAACGGAAUUCAGACGUGUGGGGUGAGGUUGGGGGACUAGGAGCCGAUGAGUCUAGGAAAGCUGGUGAGAUGAGAGCAAACGCUACUGUGAUUCCGAGAUACAACGGAAUGGGCGUUGACGGAAGAGAGAACGGGACGAAUGAUUGGAAAGUGCCGGAGGAAAAUAGAGUGCAGCUCAUGGUCGUCGAUUUUCAUAUUCCGGAUCGUUAUAUUAAGGUUAAGUGCCAGCGGGCACUCGAGGGUAAAGAUGGGAGGAGGGAGGAGAGGGAAACCGUUAUUGCUUGGUAG